AUGUAUAUACUAGCCCCAUUAGUGCUCGGAAUAGUCAGUGCUGUACUUGCGGCAUUGAUUGACAUAUCAGAUAAGGUGCUUAACAAUUAUGGUACAUGUAAAAUAAACGUGAAUAACGGCGACAAAGAACUAUCCGUAAAGGGUGGAUCCCCCCUUCUGCUUACACUAGCUGAGCAGAAAAUAUUCGUACCCUCAGCCUGCGGAGGCAAGGGAACCUGUGGAGCAUGCAAACUACAAAUGCCAAACAAUACAGAUCCGGUGCUUCCUACGGAGCUCCCCUUCUUCAAUAAAGAAGAGUUAGCCAAUAAAACAAGGCUUGCAUGCCAGGUAAAGGUAAAGAAAGAUAUUGACAUUGCAAUCCCAGAGGAGUUAUUUAAUGUUCAAAAACUCGAAUCAACGGUAAGUAGCAUAGUAGAUGUUACCUAUGACAUAAAGGAAGUACGCCUAUCUAUAUCAGAAAAUCUAAAUUCGUUUAAGCCAGGUCAGUACAUGCAAUUUGAAACACCAAAGUAUAAGCAUAAUAAAAAAACAUUUGACACAACAUUUAGAGCAUAUUCACUUGCUUCAAGCCGAGGCUCAAAAAAUGAACUAGAAUUUCUUAUUCGAUUAGUACCGGGUGGGGUUGUAACUACCUAUACCCACGAAUAUCUAAAAGUAGACCAAGCUAUUAAUGUUAUUGGGCCCUUUGGAGAUUUCUAUGUACGAGAUACAAAAAAUACUAUGAUUUGUGUAGCGGGGGGGUCAGGAAUGGCACCUUUUCGAUGUAUCUUUAGAACUAUGCUGGAGCAAAACACAUUUACAGAAAGGGAAAUUUGGUAUUUUUUCGGAGCUAAAGCCAUUCGUGAUAUGUACUACAUGUCUUGGCUCUAUGAUUUAGAAAAGAAAUACAAAAACUUUCAUUUUGUUCCCGCUCUCUCUGAACCUCAACCUGAGGAUAACUGGAAUGGACCUGUAGGGCUUAUUACUGAGGUGCUUGAUAAGUAUCUGAAAAAGGACAUUGAUAGAACGAAUACCUUAGAAGGAUACCUAUGCGGUAGCCCUGGAAUGCUAGAUGCAUGUAUGGCGGUAAUGGGCAAAAAUGACAUGAAGGAAGAAAAUAUCUUCUUUGACAAAUUUGCCUAA